GGAGCAGUGUUACGUGGAUAUAUACGUUAGGCGCCUACCUAAUGUACUGCUAUUUCUACUAAUUAAAGCCUCGACCAAGUAAACAAGCAAUAUGGCGCAGGAAUCGAAUGAGACUGUAGUAGUCGAGACCAGUUACUCCCCCGAGGUUCUGACGAACUUCGAUGAACACGGCCAUCUUAUUAACCCAGCCACCAGAUUCAGCAUGCAGUGUAACAUAUGCCAUGUUGUCAACCUCAGCUUCGUAAACCACGCCGUCGACAAGAAGUCCGCAGCGACCCACGAGCCCUUCGUCGUUCUGCCCCGAUGCGGCCACGCCUUCGGCUACGAGUGCAUCCUCGGGUGGGUGUGGCCGAGCAUCAACAAGGAGAACCCCAAGUGCCCGUCGUGCCGCAAGGAGAUCUUCCGCAGCAAAGACGACGUCCAAGUAUUUCGCAUCUUCGGCGUAUGUAAUGCCGAAGAGCAGCCCAUGGAAAUAGCCACCAUUAGGGAGAGCCUUCGCCUAAACGAGCCAACGGCCCAAACAGAUCCGCUGACGCCGCUGAACGAAGGUUGGGAUAUAAUUGAUGCUGUAUCUUUGCUAUACUGAGACGUAAUUUAAUACGUUAGGUGUCAAAGGCAGCCGAUUGGUUCCCAUUUAGAUAGUUUCUCUGAGGCUUUGAGCUUCUUAUUCGUAGAUUACCUAGAUGUACUAAUAAUAAAGCUGUUGAGAAUAAUACUUAAGUAUUCCUACCUACCUAAUAUCGCCUUUUUAACAGUUCUUACACUUGUUUCGGUUCACCCCUUUUCAAGAUAAUAU